AUGGUUCGCUUGUCUGUUGCCGCUCUCUUCACUUACACUCUUUCUGUCUACGCCCUCGGCGACCCUGCUGGUGCCAAGAACGUCGGAAAUGGUAACGGUGGUCAAUUUAUUGGCGGCGAGUGCCUGUCCAGCAAGGACUGUGCUUCGACCUGCUGUGCCUUCAUAAGCGGCGGUGGUGUUUGCUCUGGUAUUGGUGCCCAGUUCCAGGCUGGGAAAUCGGGUUGUGGUUUUGGUGAUGGUGGUGCUCCUCCUUCUCAGCCCAGCGGUGGCGACUCCAGCUCUGCUGCCCCGGCUGCUUCCCCUGCUGCUGCCCCUGCUGGCUUCGACGCUUCCGUCGGUGAUCCCAAUGGUGCCAAGAACCUCGGCAACGGCGCGGGCCAACAGUUCAUCACUGGUGCUUGUCUUAGCAACGCUGACUGUGCUUCCGGAUGCUGUGCUGCUCUCAACGGUGGUGCCGUCUGCUCUGGCGUCGGUGCUCAGUUCCAGAACGGCAAGCAAGGCUGCGGCUUCAGCAGCAGCGGCGGUUCCUCUUCUGCUGCCCCUGCCGCCCCUGCCGCCCCUGCCGGUGAUGCCAACAACGCUGCUGCUCCUCCUGCUUCUUCUGCUGCUCCCGCUGGUUUCAACGCCGCCGUUGGUGAUCCCGCCGGUGCCAAGAACCUCGGAAACGGCGCGGGCGCGCAGUUCAUUACUGGAGCUUGCCUCAGCAACGCCGACUGCGCUUCUGGAUGCUGCGCUGCUCUCAACGGUGGUGCCGUCUGCUCUGGUGUUGGCGCUCAGUUCCAGAACGGCAAGCAGGGCUGUGGCUUCUCCGCUGCCAAGCGCAGUGUUGAGCGCUCUCGCAUUGCCCGCCGCUUCCGUGCUUAA